UAAUCAGGUUCAUCUUAUUUAAUAUUAAAAUUUAUCAAUUUGGAAAUAAUAUUUCAAAAACUUUUUUUCCUCUUUUGAAUUGGCGCGCAACCGCAAAGAUUAAUAUCUUAUGUCGGGUAGGACUGCAAUAAGUGACAAAAUUCUCACUCAAGAGAUUUAACACUAUUGUAUUUCGAGAAUAAUAUUUGAACUCAGAACCUAUGGUUAUGAUGGAAUCUCAUCCAAGUGCAUAUAUUUCAAAACUUUAUUAAAGGAGGUCUAGAGUCAAUUCACUGUUGCAAUAUCUUGUAUGUGAUGAUAGUUCUUGGAGUGAAGAGUAUAGUUUGGAAAACUUAAAGAUUAAAUCCCUUUAGUGACACAAAAUUGGCUGACUGAUUUUGGAGAUGAAAGCUAAAAAAUGCAGGGAGCUUGUUGGCAAGAAUACAUCAUCCAAAAGUGGGAAGUUUACAUUCUUAAAUUGCUUUGAUAUGGGCUCUGGAACUUUAGCAUGUGGGGUCAAGGAAAGUGUGAAGCUCUAUGCUAACAAUAUUAGAUCUUCUCAUGUUGAAAAAGCAAGAGAUAAUGCAAUCCUAUCUGCUCUUGUAGAUGCUGCUUCACAGGGUAUGCCACCAACUGAUUCAGAAAAAUAUGCUCAGAAAGAAGGCGCGAAAGCCAUGAAAUUGGCUACUCAUAAGGCCAACCGCGUCAUAGGUCCGAUUAUCUCUUUCGGAUGGGACUUCUUUGAAGCUGUUUACCAUGGUGGUACCUUUACAGAGGGAUUUCUUAGGGGAACUGGUACAUUUUUUGGAACUUAUAGUGGAGGCUUCAUGGGGGAGCAAAUACUUGGAAGAUUUGGUGGUUAUCUUGUUGGAAGUCAAUUGGGAAGUUGGGUUGGUGGUAGAAUAGGGCUCAUGCUAUAUGAUGUGGUUAAUGGAGUGCAUUAUAUUAUAUGUUGCAGUUUGUUCAACUACACAUUUGAACGUGAUUAGCUUUGAUUUACAAAUGUUCAUUUUUGCAUGUAGUUGAAACAUGACCCUUAAUUAAA